AUGGUUGGAUUUUCUCCUUGUGUCAAGGAAAAUCUCUACACAUCAUCACACCCUGAAGAUGAUCCGAAAUCAACGGCGAAUUCUAUAGGUGUGCAGCAAGCAGAGACUGCAUGUGUGCCUUCUCGAUCUAUUCAUCCACAACCAUGGUGUGGACAACAUCAAACGAAUAAUGACGUUUCUUCACGAAAUGUCUACAACUACAGCAAUCAAGAGGAUAAGGAGAAGACACCUAUGUGUCGUAUUGCGGAACUUGCUCGCUUUCAUAAAUUGAAGCACGAAUACAAGCUUAUGGAUGAGAGUGGACCUGCUCAUAAAAAAAUGUUUACAGUGCAACUGUUACUAACCCCAGAAGAAAUCUUCGAAGGAAGUGGUGCUUCAAUCAAGAAAGCUCAGCAAGCAGCAGCUGCAGCUGCAUUAGUGGGAACGUCACUAGCAAUGCCACCUGAAAAGAAGCGAAAGAAAGACGCCAGCUCGCCGUCCGUUCUCCUCUCGCACGUAGCUCGUCGUCUAGGCCUACCGGAACCAAUUUAUCGAUCGCAUAAUCAUCAGAAAAUGCCAUUAGCGCCUAUAACACCCCGAUUCACGGCACUCACUUCGCCUCCGUUAGCUUGCAACGGAGCACACAAUGGAUUUGACCGCACUACAUACUUUCCACAGGAUGCAUUUGCUCCAUCUACACAUCCUGCGACACCGAGAAUUCAACGUGCGCCUCUAAUAGGCCCAAUACCGCCAGUGAAUCCACUGUUCGCUCUCGUUUCGCAAACACCUCGUUCGGGACCCGCGUAUCCAGUACAGCCACCCAAUGAAAGGCUUUGUAUGGUUAGCGUAGCCAUAGGUCCAGGUCGUGUUUUCACCGGUAUAGGGAACACUUUUGCCCAAGCCAAGGCGAAUGCGGCUACUCAGUGCUUGGGUUAUCUCGGUCCACAUAUUCAAGCUCUAGACACAAAGUUAAAAAUGGAUGAACUGAGGAGGAAAGCUUUGUUGCAGAAGUCCACUUCUGAGGAAACAACAUCGAACGGAGGAGUUGUCGAUGGAGUGCUGGAACAGACAGAAGCUUCAGCUGAGGUAGAAUCAGUACCGAAGCAUAAACAGAAGUCUGUAAUUAGUCAAGUGCAUGAGUGUGCUCUGCAGAUGAAGCUGAACGUAGAAUUUGAGGUGGUGAAAGAGGUUGGUCCCCCGCAUGAUCGAUCGUACGUGGUUCGUUGCUCGCUUCGAAAUCCAAAGAACGAGGUUGUCGUAGAAACCGUGGGUGAAGGUCGAAAGAAAAAAGAGGCUACUCAGAAUGCAUGUGCAAACGUUUUGACGAGGCUGCGUGGUAUAGAAAAUUCUCCAAUAUUCAUUGCAUCAUCGUUGUACAAACUCCAAAAACGUGUACUGAACCCUUCUAAGGAGCCAAAAAGAAAGACAAUCAUAAAGGAUAUGAAAAUGGAUCCAACCUAUGGUCACCAGAUAAACCCGGUAUCGAGACUUAUUCAAGUUCUACAGGCUAGAAAUGAGGAUGAACCGCAGUUUGAGCUGAUUUCUGAGCAAGGACAAAGCCGAUACAAGGAGUUUACUGUGCAGGUUAGCUGCGGUGCACGAGUUUGCUGUGGAAGCGGCCCGAACAAGCGUCUUGCAAAACGUGCAGCCGCUGAAGCGAUGCUGGCUGAGAUUGGUUACGUCAAACCUUUACCUCCACCAGGAAAAAGUUUGCUCAAAAAAAAGAUGGAUUCUCAGCUCAACAUCGGAGUUUUUGAUCCCAGCGAUCUGGUUACGCCACCAGUGCCUGAAGAUGCGGUUAUUUCAUCGAACAAUCACAUGGAGCAGCAGGAAUCUCAUGAAAGUGACGAGCAAACGAUCCAUGAAGGCCUAUUAGCACUUUGUGUAGAUGAACAAAAUGACCAACAGGGAGGUAUCUGGCAGCAGUCGCCUGAAAGUGAAACACGAGGAGAUUCGCCUGGAAAUGUGCCGCCAUCACCUGGACGUCGUCGUGUAACGUUUAGUAAUCAAGUGAAAGCAUGCCCACCACCAGACGAUAGCAAGUAUCCGGAACCUGAAUUGGCACCUCUGAAGGCAGAUGUGUUGGUUGAAGGUCGUGUUAAACGCAUCAGGCGAACUAAGGAGGCAAAGAGGGCCCUGUCUGAUGAUCAGAAGUGCGAAAUCCGAGAGAUCGCAAGAGCUACGAUACAGACUUUGCAGGCUCCGACGAUAAUUCCAUGUGGAGAGGGUUCUCCUGACUCGGAAGCUUGUCAGAUGCGCACAGCUAAACGCCGCCUCGAAAUCCUGUCGGAGAGUUUCAAGUUCAGCGUUCAAUACACCAACUUUCCGAAGUCACCUGAUGGGAGUGAUCCACUAUACUUUGCGCUAGUGUCUUUAGGAUUGGAGCGACCUAUUGUAUGCCAUGGACGUGGUUCGACUACGGAAGCUGCAGCUGAGAACGCAGCCUUCAAUGCGAUAACAAAUCUAUGUACUUACGACCAACCCACUUCACCUCACGAUCAGAUCGGCACUGUACCUACAUGUAACUGA